AUGUCCAUCUCGACAACGUUCAAGCCCUCUCCCCUGGGCCUCGGAUCGCCUCCCAGCGUUCGAAACUCUCCAUUCCGAAGGGGCGAAUCUCCGGCUUCGCCUUCACCCCUCCGACACAUAACACCCACGACUUCGCCUACCAAAGCCGCCGCCACAACACCCAACGGCACGUCGAGGUUUGCGAGGCCAACGACGCCAACCAGGGAUCCAUCUGAGGCCAAGGAAGAAGAGAAAACGCCAGCCAUGACUACUCCUACAAGGGCAUCGCCACCGUCGUGGAAGGCUGGGUCAAAGCUGGCGGUGGGCGGCUCCUUGGGCGGUAGCAAUGCUCUCUCACAGCUUCAGCCGACUCAAGUUAGGACAUUGAGGGAUGGAUUUCAGAUCUUGGAUCGGGACUGCGACGGAGUGGUCAAUAGAGAAGACGUUGCCGACAUGCUCGGUCAGCUUGGUCUCCCCUCAGGCUCCUCCGACAUAGGACGCUUCUUUCCGCCGUCGAAACCGCAAACCAUCACGCUAGCCGCUUUCCUCAACUCGCUGGCGGAGUCCUUGGCUCUGCUGUCACCAAACACCGAGCUCUUAUCUGCGUUUUCGGCCUUUGACGAGGACGACAGCGGUCAGAUCGACUGGGCGGAGCUGAGGGAUGCUCUGCUCAACACACCGCCAGAAGCCGGGCAGUCAGCACUCAGCGCUGCAGAGGUGGACAAGGUGGUCGAGGGGUUCACGGGCCGGCGAGCCUUCAACCGCAACAUGAAUGCGCACUUAUCGGCACGACGGGGUGAAGUGUUUAAAUACCAGGAAUUCGUCCACUCAAUCAUGGGCUCCAACGGCGGGGCCGAGGGAGGGGCACAUGAAGGAGAGGAGCAGUGA